AUGCCGGAUUAUCUAGGAGAUGACCAAAGAAAGACAAAGGAAGAGGACAAGGAUGACUCCCCAAUCAGAGCUUUGGAUGAAGGAGACAUCGCUCUACUGAAGACAUACGGUCAAAGCACUUACUCCAGACAGAUAAAACAAGUGGAAGAUGACAUUCAACAGCUGCUCAAAAAGAUCAACGAGCUUACAGGUAUUAAAGAGUCAGAUACAGGACUGGCGCCACCUGCUCUUUGGGAUCUGGCUGCUGACAAGCAGACCCUUCAAAGUGAACAACCCCUUCAAGUUGCAAGAUGCACAAAGAUCAUCAACGCAGACUCCGAGGACCCGAAAUACAUUAUCAAUGUCAAACAGUUUGCCAAGUUUGUGGUGGACUUGAGCGACCAGGUGGCCCCGACAGAUAUCGAGGAGGGCAUGAGAGUCGGAGUUGACCGAAACAAGUAUCAGAUCCAUAUCCCGCUGCCUCCUAAAAUUGAUCCGACCGUCACCAUGAUGCAGGUGGAGGAGAAACCAGACGUUACCUACAGCGAUGUCGGCGGCUGUAAGGAACAGAUUGAAAAGCUGAGGGAAGUGGUUGAGACACCUUUGCUCCAUCCCGAGCGGUUCGUCAACUUGGGCAUCGAGCCUCCAAAAGGCGUGCUGCUGUUCGGACCGCCCGGUACUGGUAAGACACUUUGUGCCCGCGCCGUGGCUAACCGAACAGACGCCUGUUUCAUCAGAGUCAUCGGUUCUGAACUGGUGCAAAAGUAUGUCGGCGAGGGAGCCCGGAUGGUUCGCGAGCUAUUCGAGAUGGCCAGAACCAAGAAGGCCUGCCUCAUUUUUUUUGAUGAAAUUGAUGCCAUUGGAGGCGCACGUUUCGAUGAUGGAGCUGGCGGCGACAACGAAGUGCAGAGGACCAUGUUGGAGCUAAUCAACCAGCUGGAUGGUUUUGAUCCGCGUGGUAACAUCAAAGUACUGAUGGCAACUAACAGACCUGACACUUUGGAUCCGGCUCUGAUGAGACCAGGCCGUUUGGAUAGGAAGAUUGAAUUCAGUUUGCCUGAUCUAGAGGGUCGCACUCACAUCUUCAAGAUUCACGCUCGUUCCAUGAGCGUGGAAAGAGACAUCCGCUUUGAACUACUCGCUCGACUCUGUCCCAACAGCACAGGCGCCGAGAUCCGCAGCGUGUGCACGGAAGCCGGCAUGUUCGCCAUCAGGGCUCGCAGGAAGAUCGCCACCGAGAAGGACUUCCUGGAGGCAGUCAACAAGGUCAUCAAGUCUUAUGCUAAGUUCAGUGCCACGCCCAGAUAUAUGACCUACAAUUGA